AUGAGCAGCGCUGUGUUACUGCCUCGGCUCCCAGAUCCCAGCAGCAGCUUCCGCGAGGAUGCCCCGCGGCCCCCAGUGCCCGGAGAAGAAGGGGAGACCCCACCGUGCCAGCCGGGCGUGGGAAAGGGCCCGGCCGCCAAGGCCCCACCCGUCUCCCCCAGCGCCCGGCGGAAUGAGGGCGGGCUGGGGGAGCCGGAGGGCCGGGCGUCCCCGGACUCCCCACUGACCAGGUGGACCAAGUCUCUGCACUCCUUGCUGGGCGAUCAGGACGGUGCUUAUCUCUUCCGGACUUUCCUGGAGCGGGAGAAAUGCGUGGAUACUUUAGACUUCUGGUUCGCCUGCAAUGGAUUCCGGCAGAUGAACCUGAAGGAUGCCAAAACUUUACGAGUAGCCAAAGCAAUCUACAAAAGGUACAUUGAGAACAACAGCAUCGUCUCCAAGCAGCUGAAACCGGCCACCAAGACGUACAUUCGGGACAGCAUCAAGAAGCAGCAGUUCGACUCGGUGAUGUUUGACCAGGCCCAGACCGAGGUCCAGGCUGUGAUGGAGGAGAAUGCCUACCAGAUGUUUCUGACUUCGGACAUAUACCUCGAGUACGUGAGGAGCGGGGGCGAGAACCCAGCCUACCUGAGUCACGGGGGCCUGGGGAGCCUCAGGCUCGUGUGUGGCUACCUCCCCACCUUGAACGAAGAGGAGGAGUGGACUUGUGCCGACUUCAAGUGCAAACUUCCCCCCACUGUGGUGGGCUUGUCCAGCAAGACCCUGAGGGCCACAGCCAGCGCGCGGGCCAUGGACACCGUUGAAAGCGGAUACAGGUGCUUCAGGAGGAGUGACCCCGUGAACCCGUACCACGUGGGCUCCGGCUAUGUCUUCGCGCCGGCCACCAGCGCCAACGACAGCGAGAUCUCCAGUGACGCGCUGACCGACGACUCCAUGUCCAUGACCGACAGUAGCGUAGAUGGCGUCCCUCCCUACCGCGUGGGGAGUAAGAAGCAGCUGCAGAGAGAGAUGCACCGGAGCGUGAAAGCCAACGGUCAAGUGUCCCUACCUCACUUCCCGAGAACCCACCGGCUGCCCAAGGAGAUGACCCCCGUGGAGCCUGCUGCCUUUGCGGCCGAGCUCAUCGCCCGGCUGGAGAAGCUGAAGCUGGAGCUGGAGACGCGGCACAGCCUGGAGGAGCGGCUGCAGCAGAUCCGAGAGGAGGAGGAGAAGGAGGGCUCGGAGCUGGCGCCGGGCUCACGGGAGGUGGGGCCCGCGCCGCACCCCCUCUGCCUCCUGCCAUCUAGCAGCUAUGAGGAGGACCCGCAGACCAUCCUGGACGACCACCUGUCCAGGGUCCUCAAGACCCCCGGCUGCCAGUCCCCGGGCAUGGGCCGCUACAGCCCCCGCGCGCGCUCCCCCGACCACCACCACCGCCACCACCUGCAGCCACACCGUGCGCUGCCCCCCCCCGGGGGCACCCUGCCCCCUGCCGCCAUCCCGGCCAGCUGCUCCCUCCUCGGGGCCAGGGGUUUCGUGAGCAGGCAGACCACGAAGCACGUCCACCACCACUACAUCCACCACCACGCCGGCCCCCGGACCAGGGACGAGGCGGAGGCUGAGGCCGCCCCGCGGGCGCGCUGCCCCUGCCCGGUCCCCGGGGGCGCUGACUACUCCUACUGCACCAAGUGCAGGAGCCACCCUGGGGUCCCUGAGCCGGCGGGGGCCGCCCAGCUCGGCCGGGGCGGUGCUACCGCCAGACGAAGUGCGAGAGGCUCCGAGCCGGGCCCUGCCGCGCCCGCCCGGGAAGCCGGGGCCCCCGGUGGAGUGGGGUCCCUGCAGCCGCCUGGGGAGGAAGGAGACAGGGCGCAGGUUGUGUGGCAGUGGGUGCUGGAGAGCGAGCGGCCCGGCAAGCCCAAGCCCCACAGCGCCCAGAGCACCAAGCGGGCCUACCCCACAGAGUCGGCCCGCGCGUCCCCAGCCGAGCGGGCCGGCCGCCACCACCUGUGGGGGGGCAGCACCGGGCACCCCCGUGCCGCCCCCCGUGCCCACCUGACGUGCACCCAGGACUCUGCGGUGCCUCCCCUGACCCCGCCUAACACCCUGGCUCAGCUGGAGGAGGCGUGCCGCCGGCUGGCCGAAGUGUCCAAGCCCCCGAAGCAGCGGUGCUGUGUGACCGGUCAGCAGAGGGACAAGAGCCACCCGGGCCCCGGGGUGCCGGGCGCUGCGCCCUUCUCCAGCCCGAGCCCCGCUUCGGAGGACCACAAGGAGCCCAAGAAGCUGGCAGGGGUGCACGCACUCCAGGCCAGCGAGCUGGUGGUCACUUAUUUCUUCUGCGGGGAGGAGAUCCCCUACCGGCGGAUGCUGAAGGCCCAGAGCCUGACCUUGGGCCACUUUAAGGAGCAGCUCAGCAAAAAGGGGAACUACCGGUAUUACUUCAAAAAGGCGAGCGACGAGUUCGCGUGCGGAGCCGUGUUCGAGGAGGUCUGGGACGACGAGGUGGUCCUGCCCAUGUACGAGGGCCGCAUCCUGGGCAAGGUGGAGAGGAUCGACUGA